UUCAAGUUGGAAUGCUCAAUCAAGCAGUUUUCAACGUUUUACUGGAAUUUUAUCGGAAAAUCUAGGAAGUUUAGCUUCGUUUUUAUGGAUUAUGGUCUGCGAGGAACCGAUAAGGGCAUCCAUAUGGCAUGCUUUGGGUCAUUAUGCCUAUGAAGAUGCAAUCUUCCUUGCUGAACGACUUUUCGCAGAAGUUGGCUCUGAUGAUACUUUGUACCUUCUGGCAACAUGUUUUUAUCAAGCUGGUUAUUGUAAAAGAGCGUACUCUCUGCUCCAAAGCAGAGGCUGUCCCACUCCACUCUGCCGAUUUCUUUUUGCAAAAUGCUGCAUGGAAUUAGACAAGAAAUCAGAACAGUUUGCAAGAGCAGCAGAAUGCUUUAAAAGUAGUUUGAAAUAUAAUCCAUAUUUAUGGAGUUCAUUUGAGAAUCUUUGUCAGCUAGGUGAGAAGCCAGAUGCAGCGGAUUAUUUUAAAUCGUCUUCUUGUCCCAAAAUCACAUCUUUCAUGUCAAACAGAGAACACAUGACAGUGGGAUCCCCCACUGUUACUAUGGAUACAACAAGUCCGUCAGACAAUCAGCGACGAAAAAUUGACACAGUAUGCUCAGAAAAUCUUGAUCCCUCACAGAACAUCACUCCGCAGAACUUUAGCAUGUUAAUUUCAUCCAGACCUGGUUCAAUAGAUAUGUCAGGGGGCAGUUUCACAGUGCCGUCAUCUGCUGUUAGUGUGGGUGAAAAGAGAAUUCGUCAGAAGGUUGGAAGGAAUCUUUUAGGAGCUACGCAGUCAGCAAGUCCCCUGACACCAAGUUUUGGAAUGCUGGCAUCAGAUACACCAGCAAAUGACCAGAAUUCUGUGCCAUUCAUCACUCCAUCUCCAGUUGUUGGUGAAGGACAUGCCCCUAAAGCACCCCUGAAAAAGGGCGGUAACAGAAGAAAUGAUUCUUCAUGCAAACCGGUCACAUCUAGUGUCCAUAGCAUGCACUCUCCAUCAACAAUGUUUACAUCGUCUCCUCACGGCACAGGACAUCAGGGCUUCUCGUCUAAUGCUCCCAGUGUGCGGCGGAGCUCACGACUCUUUACACAGUCUAGUAACAGCUCUGUUAGCAAUUUUGACUCAACAAAUAAGGAUAGAAGACCAAAGAGUGCAAGAGUUGCAUCUCCUUCACAUAGAACUGCUGUUAGUAAUGUUGUUAGAAAGGAUAGAAGACCAAAGAGUGCAAGAGUUGCAUCUCCUUCACAUAGAACUGCUGUUAGUAAUGUUGUUAGAAAGACUCGACGGCAAACGAGAAGUUCCACUCCUCAGCCAUUAGCUCCCUGUGUUGAGAAUGUGAUCCAGGAAGGGUCCUCUACACAACAAAACAAUGAAGGGAGGGGUCAGUCAAAGUUAUCACCUGUGCAGGGUGGUAUGGAUGGGUUAAUGGCACUUUUGAAGCAAUUAGGACAGGCAUAUGUGCACCUUAGUUCUUAUGAAUGUAAACAGGCAUUGAAUGCAUUUUCAUCAUUAGCACCCCACCAUUAUAACACAGGAUGGGUGUUGACUCAAGUUGGGCGGGCCCACUUUGAACUGGCGGAGUAUCAGCUGGCUGAGAAAGUUUUCGCCAAAGUGAGACAACUAGAACCCUACAGAAUUGAAGGAAUGGAAAUCUAUUCUACGACUCUAUGGCAUUUACAAAAUGAGGUUUCCCUCUCGGCCCUGGCGCAAGAAUUGGUAGAAACUGACCGUACCUCCCCUCAGGCUUGGUGCGCCACAGGAAAUUGUUUUAGUCUACAAAAAGAACAUGAUACUGCCAUCAAGUUUUUCCAGCGCGCUGUACAGGUUAAUCCACCCUUCACUUACGCCUACACGCUGCUGGGACACGAAUACGUUCUCACAGAGGAACUUGAUAGAGCCAUGUCGUGUUUCCGCCAGGCUGUCAGGACAGAUUCGCGGCACUAUAACGCGUGGUAUGGUAUUGGUAUGAUCUACUACAAACAAGAGAAGUUCAACCUAGCUGAAAUCCAUUUCAGAAAAGCUUUGUCAAUAAACCCAUCAAGUUCUGUGCUGUAUUGUCAUGUUGGAGUGGUACAACACGCGAUGAAGAAAUCUGAUGCUGCGCUUGUUACCAUCAACAAGGCUAUGAAUAUUGAUCCGAAGAAUCCGCUGUGCAAGUUUCAUCGCGCUUCCAUUUUAUUCUCAAUGGAUAAACAUAAGGAAGCGCUGGAAGAACUUGAGGAAUUAAAGAAAAUUGUGCCGCGGGAAGCUUUGGUUUACUUUUUACUUAGCAAAGUUUACAAAAAACUUGGGGAAAAUCACUUGGCGCAGAUGAAUUUUUCUUGGGCAAUUGACCUGGAUCCAAAGGGUGCAAACAAUCAAAUUAAAGAAGCCAUUAACAAAAGAUAUCUUCCGGAUGAUGACGACACAACCAUGGGGCUUGACACCGCUGACACUAUGGAUCAAUCUGUGAGCGUAAAUGAACUCUCUGAUGAAGACGAGGAUUAGAAUAUGAACGAAGUUAAAAAGAACUGCUUUUGGACUAUGGGUUGAAAUAGAGGACUAUAUUUAAUUUUUAACAUUAAGAAAAUGAUUUACCAACUGAAAUAUGGCUUCGAGAUUCAUACUUAAAGGAGAGUUACGCUCCAGAAACUGAAUAAUUACGUAAUGAGUAUAGUAUUAGCCAGGGGUUUCAUUAAGGGCCGGGCAGCGGGCAAAUUGACCGGUCGCGAGGACGGUUUUGCCCACCUGGUUUGACAAUCUGGAGAAAGUUUAUCCUAUAACGAAGUUCAGUUCUAAAAGGCUUUGCCCGCCUAUGAAAACCAGUUACCCUCCUGCUGAAAACGUUCAUGAAACCCCUGAGUAGCUUGUUUUGUAUGCUUUGAAAAGUUGCUGAUGAAAAAGAUAUGGUCUCUGGAGCGUAUUUCUCCUUUUGAAAGACUUGAUAGCGGUUUUUGUAGCAUCUGGAAUCUCUCUCAGUCUAUCAACAGACGAAGCUUAUUAAGAAUAAAGGGGGUAAGUUUCUAAAGAAACUGUGGUGCUGCGUCGGUGGGGGUAACAAGGUAAUUUGGUAAUAUCAACU